AACGGAAUCAGCAAAGCCCCUUUGGCAAAGCUCAUUGUCCAGUUGAAGAUGAGGUCUGUCACGACUGCUGUCUUAUGCCUCCAUUUCAUCAUCGUUUUCUCUUCGAUUGUAAGGAGUGAAGCCUCUUAUUCUCUUCAUCUGGAUAAGACAUUUGAUGGGUUGGCAUCGCAUUGCUUGUUCCACUCAUCGCCAUGCACUGAGAAUUAUGAGGUGAUCUGCUUACCUAGAAACUACAUCCCGAACGUCUUGAUUAACGUCAAAUGUAAAAGAGAAUGUAUCGGAACUCCUUGCUCGUUCGACGAGCGGUAUCGUUUGGAAGAAAACAGGGCGAUUGUCAACGUGAUGACCAACACCACUUAUUUCGAAUUUACACGGUAUAUUGUGGCAGUCGGUUGUGUGUGCAAGAAGGUCAUGGAUUCAGAAACGGUCCUUUCCGCCAAGAUGAUUCCAAAUUCGUUUCCACAGCUAGUGGAAUGAAAGGACCGUCAGGUGAUCGUUUAAUUUGAUACAGUGACCUUAAUGAUUUCAAAUGAUUUCAAAUUAAAUUAAUGGAAUUUUC